CUGACUUCCUGGCCGCGCCUCCAGUCGAUUUCGCGUGUCAAUUUCAAACAGCAAAACAACUGACCAUGUGGUCAAAGAUCCGCACUAUUUCUUACGAACAGAUUGGGAACUCAACGGGUACAUCCGAGACUCUCCCAGCUGCAUGGUACACCAAUCCAGUCGUACGUCAAACUGCUCACCGCGUGAGCUCGACGACUUGGCACUUCAUUCUCCAAAUCCCCAGCGACACCGCAGUCGCGGACAUCCAAUUUGCGAAGGCUUUUCAAGGAUUCGUCUCGACAUUUGUCAUGUUGAAACUCUACCGAACCAUCUUGUUGGCAGUCGCUGUCUCCUCAACCAGACUAGACAAUCUCGUCAAUGCUGCUGAGUGCACGGAAGCAGAAUGGCAGACCAGUCUGGGCAUCUGGAAAGGAGCAGCGACGACGUCGGCAUGCGCGCAAUAUGCCGUUGGCGACACCUUUGUUAGUGCGCCGUGCACUGCCCGGUCGUGCGUCGCCGUGAUGGAACAAGUCGGUGAACAGCUUCCGGACUGUACGGUCAGUGGGGUGAACAACAAGAUUGAGGUGCAGAAUGCAAUGACGGCCUGUAACGGGAACGAUCUCAUCGAGACGGACGCCCCGUUCGUGACGCCACCCACUGCCGCUCCACUGAUCACUACUGCUCCGAUUGUAACAAGCGCUCCGUUCCAGACCCUUGCCCCGUUGUCGUCGCUUGCUCCUCGUCCGGGUGGUGAUGCUAGUGAGACGUCAACAGCAACGACUGUGCCUUCAUCCACGGCCGGAUCUGUUGAUUGGAGUGGUGGUUCCUCGUCAUCCACUCCGUCUCCGGCUGCUACCAGUUCUAAUACGAGCUGUACGGAGUCGCAGAUCUCAAACCUCGAGAGCUUGUACACUCGAGCGGCCAAGAGCUCUGCCUGCGCACCCGAUGUCUCUAUCACCGAUUACACUGUGUAUAUCUACACCAAGUGUGCGUCGUCGUGUGCCUCGAGGCUCCAACUACUAGCGGGUGAUAUCCCCAACUGCUACUACGACCACGGAUCGUCGAAUAUGAAAACUGCACUGCUGGAGAAGAUCGACUACUGCAAAGUGACGAACCAAGCCAACUACAUCAGCACGACGUUGUUCCUCUCAACAAGGUCAUCCACGCCGGACGCAUCAAGCGCUUUAGCGCUGCAGCUCGGUCAAACGUUUAGCCUAGUGUUUUUCGCGGUUGUAUUAGCUCUACUGUAGCUGUAGAUUAAGCUCACCAACGGUUUGGAGGUAACGAUUAAAUUCAGCUCAACCACAUUCGUCAUGCCUCCAUGCCUCAAGCAAUGAAGCGUAUGGCCAGAGUAUUCGCUGAUACUACAGCUGCGCCUUUGCACGCCCA